AGAAGUCUAGGGCUGGCUGCCACCUUGGUACGAUGCAGGACCUUGGUGACGUACUCUGCUCCCCACUUCUCCCCGCCUUUUUCUCUAACCAGAGGAAACCGCUGCCGGAGUCUGGCAGCUUCCUCCUGGCUGCUUUCAAAAUUGCAGGGUAGCUGUCACUAUCACCCCAAGGGCCUUCCACUGCUUUCCUAGGGAAGGACCCCAGCAGAUCUUGUUCGCAUGGGGCUGGUGCAGCGUCAGGUGGCUGCCUUCCUCCUCUUCAUCCUCACGGGUGUGGGCGCUGGCCAACGAGUGGUGACUAUCCAAAAGGGACCACUUUACCGAGUACUUGGCUCCCACGUGACGCUGUGGUGCAAGGUGAGCGGCUACCAGGGCCCGGCGGAGCAGACCUUCCAGUGGUCCAUCUACCUGCCCUCAGCCUCCGAGCGGGAGGUGCAGAUCAUCAGCACUGCCGACCCCUCCUUCCCCUACGCCAUCUACACCCAGCGGGUGCGCGCCCAGGAGAUCUAUGUGGAGCGGGUGCAGGGGGACACGGUGCUGCUGCACAUCAUGGAGCUGCAGGAUGAGGACGCCGGGGAGUACGAGUGCCACACGCCCAACACCGAUGAGAGGUACUUUGGGAGCUACAGCGCCAAGACGAACCUGACAGUGAUUGCGGACACCCUCUCAGUUUCCAUGGGGCCCCAGGACCUCACCCAUACUGAGGGGGAUGCCAUGGAGCUCACCUGCAAUGUGUCCAGGUCCACUGCCCAGCAUACACACCUCUCUGUUGGCUGGUACUGCAUCCGAGGAGAGCAUCGUGCUGAGAUCCUCACCCUCUCCAAGGACUUUGUCUUGAUGCCAGGACCUGCUUAUGCACAGAGGUUUCUGGUAGGGAACGUGCGAUUGGACAAGGUUGGGAGCGCCUCAUACAAACUGUCCAUUGUGGCAGUGGAGCCCUCUGACCAGGGGCAGCUGUACUGUGAGGCAGCCGAGUGGAUCGAGGAUCCUGACGGGACGUGGAAGGACAUCUCUCGCAAACAGUCAGAGAUGAGAUCGCUGGUGGUCAUUCCCCAGGACCGAGAUCUCUCCGUGGGCAUCACUGCCACCAAGAGUACCCUUUCUGAAGGAGACACCCUGCAGCUCAAUUGCACGCUGGAAGCCCAGGGGAGUGGCAGCAGGCACUUCCAGGUGGCUUGGCUCCUCAAUAGCGUGGAGGUGGCCAGGGUUGACCCCCGUGGGUUGCUGGUUUGGAAGAAGGAAUAUGAGGAGAGAGCCAGGCUGGGGCAGCUCCACGCAUUCAAGCAAAGCAACGCGGUUUACAUCCUCACCAUCCAUGAGGUGGGGCUGGAGGACAGCGGGGCGUACCACUGCUCCGUUUUGGAGGUGAAGGCUCCUGGGAACUUCCAGAAUAUCCAAACCAACCUAUCAUCAACUCUCAGAAUCGAUGUGAAGUCCAUAGGUCUCGGACUGCAUGUCACGCUGAGAAGCCGAACGCCCACCGUCAGUUACGGGCAGAGCUUUGAGCUUAUCUGCUAUGUGAGUGCCAGCCGCCCAGUUGAGGAGCUGCUGCUCUCCGUGGGGUGGCUCUUCCAGCCCAACCCACCCAUCAGUGGCUACCAAGAGCUGGUGCAUGUCCUUCCCAAUGGCACCGUGUCCUGGGGACCGGCACAGCCCCGCUUCCAGGGCAGAGCCCAGCUGGUGAAAGCAAGUGCCUUCUCCCAGUUGCACAUCUACAGUGUAAUGGGUGGCCAUGCAGGGACAUACCAGUGCAAAGUGGGGAUCUGGAGGACGCUGCAGGGGCAGCCUGCUAUCUCCUUCACCUCCAACGCCGUGGGGAUAAAGGUUGUCCCACCAGAAAGCAAGCUGCGGGUGGCCACGAGGGAGAGCUCCAUGGAGGUGGCUGGCGGUGCUGACGCAAACAUUGAGUGCAGGAUGGAGUUCCCCCCAAACAACUCUCAGCUGGCUGUCACCUGGUACUUCCUACCUCCUCCUCCGGCGGAUGCCACCCCCCUGCAGAUCGUGCAGGUCAGCCACAGCGGCCUGCUGGAGUAUGGGGCCGAGUUCAGCUCCCCCACACAGAAGUCCCGGUUCCUGAGCCAGAGGGUGUCCAGCCACAUGUUCCAGCUGCGGAUUCUCUCGGCCAGCCCCGGGGACCAGGGCCAGUACUGCUGUGCGGUGGAGGAAUGGUGCUGGCUGGAGGGUGGUUGGCACGGCCUCGGAGAGCGGUGGUCAGGGAGAACCAGGCUGCAGCUCCGGUUGCCCGAGAGCGAGCUGCACCUGGAGAAGGCCAACCGCAGCGUCUUGGCCAGGCAGGGCCAGGAGGUGACGCUGGGCUGCCUGCUGCAGGGCACCCUCCUGCCUGCUGCCCGCCUCUCGGCCACUUGGUUUCACGAGAAGGAGGGUGGCCAUGUGAGGCCCCUGCUCUGCCUACGCCACGAUGGUGCCAUCGAGUCCCUGCAGGAGGGGCUGGUGGGGAGGCUGCAGCUCCGGCGGCCCACGGCUGGUGACCUCAGCCUGACACUGGGCAGCGUUCAAGAGAGCGAUGCCGGGACGUAUCGCUGCCAGGUGCAAGAAUGGCGGCAGCAAGGCAACAAGGAUGAGUGGAAGCUGCAGGCCUGGGCGUUCUCAGGGUACACCCAGCUCACCACCACCCCACCAGAGACAACAGUUUUGUCUAGGAUCUGUUCAUCUCCACCGCUGCUGAACUUCAUCCUAUGCUUACCUCUGGUUCUGAUCCUUCUCCUGGCCCUUGCUGGCUUCUGCUGGUGCUUCAUCUCCAGGAAAAGAAAAAAGGGCAACAUUAGAGGAGACCAGAUGAUGGAACUGCAAGGGGCUUGGGGGGAUCAAGCAAGCUUAGCUGGCUCAUAAUGGGAGAUCUAACUUGAAGGAGUAGAACUGGACAUCUGAGAGGACUGAAUACUUGAAGAGGGGCUUCUUGUUGUUUUGCUGUAGCUUUUGCAAUGAAUACUUGAAAUUGUGUGUUUA